AUGGACAUCCAAAUCAUCUCUGACCUGCACCUGGAAACCCCCUCAGGCUACGACAGCUUUGAAAUCCCUCCAAAAGCCCCCCACCUCGCGCUACUAGGCGAUAUAGGCAAUGUGCGUGAUAAAGCAUUCUUUCCGUUUAUCGAAGCUCAGCUCUUGCGAUUUCAAACGGUAUUCUUUCUUUUGGGCAACCACGAGCCAUAUCAUUCCACCUGGGCGGAGAGUAGGGAACAGGUCACCAACUUCUCAAACCAAAUCAGCCAGCGUAACAGCAAGGGGUUCGGGACAUUCAUCUUCCUAGAUCGCACUAGGUACGAUGUGUCCGCUGAUAUAACCGUCUUGGGAUGCACGCUACACUCAUACGUCCCUAUCCAGCAUAUGGCAACAGUGAUAAUGGGACUAAACGAUUUCUACCACAUCGAUAAUUGGUCCGUGUUGGAGCAUAAUAAUGCUCAUGUUAGGGAUUUGGCAUGGCUGAACGAGCAGGUUACUUCUAUCUCAAAGUUAGAGCCAAGAAGGAAGAUUGUGAUAUUCACGCAUCAUAGUCCUAUAAUGGGAGAUGCCAGGGCCGCCGAUCCUAUGCAUAUAGGCAGUGCCCUCAGUACUGCAUUUGCAACUGAUUUGAGCGAUGAAGAAUGCUGGAAGAGCCCAAAUGUAUGCCUAUGGGCCUUUGGGCACACACAUUUCAACUGUAACUUUAACGUCGAGCUGGAGGGUUCAACGAGGAGGAUUGUGGCCAAUCAGCGUGGAUAUUACUUUAAGCAGGUAGAUAAUUUCAAGGUCGAAAUGGUGACAAGCGUUUAG